UUUCUGCAGAGUAGCCGUUCCAAGGCUAGUCAUAUGUAUUGAAAUAUACAACAUGGUAUUGAGUUUUAACAAAUUUUUAUCAAAAAAUUCAUGUCAAUUUUACACUAUACGAAAGAAAAUAAAUAUAUCAAAUUGUAUACCAUCUUGAUUAAGUGUUUUAUUAGUGCUCAAUUGUAAUUUAAUUAAAGCAAAAUUAUAGUGCAAUCCCAUCAUGCCUAAGGGAAAAAGAAAAGGAAAGUUUGAUAAAAUUCGUGGAGAAUCAUCAAUGCUCUCCUCUGAUGAAGAUUCAGUUAAUGACAAUGCAAGUGUGAUAAGUGUACAAUCAGAGACUCGUAGUGUAUUGGAGGAUGAGAAUGCAGAAGAUGAUUUAUCACAACAAGAAAUAUUUGAAGAGAAACUAAUUGAGGCAAUUGAUGGGUUAAUACAAAAAUCAGCUCAAUCACGUACUGCAUGCUUUGAAGCUGUAUGUACAGCAUUCAUCAAAAAAUUCAUACCAGAAUUUGUGCAUGACAGGCGUUUGACAUUAUGUGAUUAUAUUGAAAGAGGUUUACGUAAGGGCAAGGGUGCCGAACAAUUAAGUGCGGCUAAAUUAGCUGCAUUACUGUGUGUUCAAUUAGGCUCCACAACUAGUGCCGAAGAAGUAUGCAACAUAUUACGACCCAUUUUAAGCGUAACUGCAAACGAUAAAUCUGUAUCGUUACUUGUACGAGCUAAAUGCUGUAUCGCACUUGGCCUAGUAAUGUUUUUAUCAGGGGGAGAAAUUGGUGAAUUGAUACUUGUCAUGCGUGAAUUUGAGGCAUUAUUUAAUGGCAGCUAUUUACGUGGCGAUGGUACUACACCAUCUCCAAACCCUGAUCUGGGUGUUUUACAUGCAGCAGCUUUAUCAUCAUGGAGUUUGUUGUUAACUUUAUUGAAUCCAUCUGAUGUUUAUUCGUUUAUGGGUGAAUAUGAUACGUCAAGUUUUGCACCUUCUUUGGAGCAGUUAUCAGAAAUGUUGCUGUCUCCACACUUAGAAGUUCGCAUGAGUGCUGGUGAAGCAUUGGCCAUAUCAUACGAACUCGGUCGAGAAUUCAACGAAGAUUUUGCUGAAGAUUUUUCUUCUGAAUUAGUUGAAACAUUGAGACAAUUAGCAACAGAUUCACAUAAAUAUCGAGCUAAAAAAGAUAGAAAAACACAAAGAGCUACUUUUAGAGAUGUUUUAAGAACCAUUGAAGAAUUUGAGCCAUACAUGGAUAAUAUACGAUUAGGUGGUCGUGAAUUACUUUUGUUAGAUGGUUGGGUACGUCGUAAGCAGUACGAUGCAUUGUGCAGUGCUUUAGGUCCGGGACUACAAGUACAUUUAAUUAAUAAUGAUUUAUUACGUGAAGUAUUUUCAAUGGGCGCAAAACCAUUAACUGUUGACUCUACGAUAACAGCAAGCAAACAGAGCAAACUUGAACGACAUUUAAUGAACGCAGCUGCAUUUAAAGCACGUACAAUAUCCCGUGGAAAAAAUCGUGAUAAAAGAUCAGUUGUUAUGUCCAGUUAAAAAAAAUUUUAUUUUCAAUUCUCUGCAUUAUGAUUUGUUAAUUUCAAUACAUUACUACAUAAUAUUUUGAUUACUGCAAGAUAGAUAAUCUUAUCCUACUCUCUCUUCUCUUCAUAUUGAUAAAGAUAUGUGGAUCAAUUUAAAUAAAAUAAAUAAAUGUUUUUAUGUAUAUAAAAUAACCGUA